GUUUACGAGCCACAUGUCUGUCACAUGUCGGGCUGAGCUGUGGCUUCACCGGGAAACGAUACUAGCGGUUACAUUCGUUCACGUGAUUGUACGUUAAUGCGCGUCAUCAAACCGUUGUCUCUUGUUUGUUGCCUGUUUGAGUUGAGCUGUCAGUUUAGUAAAUAAAAAAAGAACCAAAAGAAUAAAAAACGAACAAAGCUAAAUCAACAGAGAGACACCCACAACAUUCGCUCUGAUAUAUUUAGAAUAGCCUACUGUUCGAGCUAUUUGUUUGAGCAAUUUGUGGAUAACAACAAUCAACGGAACAUGGCUGGUGUGAUGGCAGAUUUUGGUAACUUCACUCACGCCGUUAUUCGAGCAAUCCCCUCUUCCCUUGCUAAAGAGGCACUGAGGAUGAACGUUUCGGACGUGGACCUGGAGAAAGCUCAGAGAGAACAUGAGGUAUACGUCGGGGUUCUGAAGCAGAAACUCGGGCUGGAGGUGAUUGAACUCCCCGCGGACGAGUCUCUCCCGGACUGUGUGUUCGUGGAGGAUGCUGCCGUGGUUUGCGGUGACACGGCUCUGAUCACCAGACCCGGGGCAGAGAGCAGAAGGAAAGAGACAGCGGCCAUACGGCAGACCCUGAAGGAGCUGGGCCUGAACAUCGUUGACAUGUCUGAUGAGAACGCCACUCUGGACGGAGGGGACGUCCUCUUUACAGGUAGAGAAUUCUUCGUGGGCCUUUCCAAACGGACCAAUCAGAGAGGAGCUGAGAUCCUGGCGGACGCGUUCAAGGACUACGCUGUGUCCACCGUCCCUGUCACUGAUGGUCUACACCUGAAGAGCUUCUGCAGCAUGGGAGGACCAGGCCUCAUCGUGAUUGGCUCCAGCGAACCAGCCCAGAAAGCCCUGAAGAUCAUGCAGCAGAUGAGUGACCAUCGUUAUGACAAGCUGACAGUGCCUGAUGACAUUGCAGCCAACACCAUCUACAUGAACCUCCCUGGCAAAGGUCAUGUGCUGUUACACUGCACCCCAGAGGAGUUCCCAGAGAGUGCCAAGGUGUUUGAGAAGCUCAAGGACCACAUGUUGAUCCCAGUUUCCAACAUGGAGAAGGUGAAGGUGGAUGGAGCCCUCACCUGCUGCUCUGUUCUCAUCAACAUGAAAGCCAAAGUCUGAUCUGAACAUGCUCCGUUGGGGGUCUCUCAGGCAGACCUGGGUUCAAAUACUAGUUGAAAUCGUUCACAUACUUUGAUGUGCCAGGUUUGCCAGUUUUGGACUAUACUAUUGGGCCAUUAUUACACCAGGCAAACUCAAUCAAGCACAGACAAAGUAUUUGAUUUGAUUUCAAAUAGUAUUUGAACCCAGAUCUGCUCUCAGGGCAGGGUCGGCCCACUGCUGCCACCUUGCCCGGUUCAGAACCCCAACUACCUUGCCCGGUUCAGAACCCCAACUACCUUGCCCGGUUCAGGACCCCAACUACCUAGCCUGGGUGCAAGUCUGUUUCUGGCCAGUCUGUUUCUGCUGUCUUGCCCCUGAAAACAAAUUGGCAUCAAGGUUACCAACCCCCCUCCACCUUCUGAAAGUGCUCAUGUGUCAAUCAAUCCCUCUGCUUACUGGUCAAUGUUUACAACCCUUUAAAAACAACCACUUCUACUAUAACACAGGAGAGGUAAAAAAGGACAGUCUGUUUCAUAGAAUGGUUUGAAGGUGGAGCUAUAUAAUGUUACGGUAUAGUUAGUACAUUAUAUGCAUAGUGCAGUAGCCGGUUUAUAAAGAAUAUAAAACGCAAAUAUAUUUACAAUCAACUGCUGAUUACUCUAUACAUAUUUGUAAUUAUUUAUUUUUAGAUUCAAUUCAUCAUGAUUCAUGCCACAUAACAAACAAGUAUACGUUUGUAUUGAGGGGGAGAAAGGAAUUAAAUCAAAUCUACCUAGUUAUGGGCAAUUCCAUGGUGACGGAAUUACGCAGAGACUCAGAUUUUUCACUUUUAAAAUGUAUAUCAAACAAAAAACUGACUGAGAAGUGUAAUGAACCACAUAACUCUAUACACAAGGACUACUUUUAACAAUUUACACACCAAAUCUUACAAAAGCAGAUUUACAGGUAAAACUGUGGAUACCGAUCGGUAUCAAACCAGGAUGUGUCACAGCCGGCCGCGACCGGGGGACCCAUGAGGCGGUGCACAAUUGGCCCAGCGUCGUCUGGGUUAGCUGAAGGGUUUGGCCGACUGGGUUGUCCUUGUCCCAUCGUGCUCUAGCGACUCCUGUGGAAGACCAGGCGCAAUGCACGCUGACACGGUCGCCAGGUGUACGGUGUUUCCUCUGACACAUUGGUGCGGCUGGCUUCCGGGUUAUGUGAGCAUUGGGUUAAGGAGCAGUGCGGCUUGGCAGGGUCGUGUUUCAGGAAGGACGCACGGCUCUCGACCUUCGCCUUACCCCCUUUUCUCCCCAAGUUUGUGAUAUUCAAAAAUGUAUCAAAUGUAAAUGUAUAAAAUAAAAUCUGUGCCGGUACAAAGUUUAGUAACCGUCAUGCUGUCCCCAAACUUUGCAAACGGAUAGUUUUUCAAGGUAAAUGUUAACUUUUUUACUGUGUAAAUUGUUGAAAGUAGUCAUUGUGCAUAGAGGUGCAUGGUUUGUUGAACUUUGAAAUCCAUGGUUUUUAUUUGGCAUACAUUUUAAAGUGACAAAUCGGAGUCUCAGUAUAAUCCCCUGUGGAAUUGCCCUUAUCUUAGUCAAAUAUAAAUAGUGAGCUUGUUCUCUCUGUCUGCCAUAGAGACCUGAGUUCUCUUACUUUAUCAACAUCAUUGUUGAUUAAAAAUGUAUUAUUAUUGGACAUGAAUGUUGAUUGAUCCCUAGCAGUGGGGGGGGAUCCCACUAACUAGCACCCCCCCCCCCCAGUGGAUCACUAGCAGUGGGGGGGGGGGGGGUGCUAGUUAUUCCACCUGGCUGAUCAAGGGGUUAUUUCUGUGACUUCAGAAUCAAACCCAGGGUAGGAAAUGAACUACAAAAUUCCCCUGAAAAUAAAAUGUCAAAGGAUGCAAAGUAAAAGUGAAUUUCCUACCCUGUCUUAAACUAAGCUGUGCCCACUUUAUAAAAGACGGAGCACACUGUGUGACGUAUGUUUAAUUAUGACCAAUUGGCUUGUCAUUACUCAUGAUAUACUCUCAUAACUUUUAACAUGCCUCAAUCUGCUGUGUGCCUCCAUCGAAAACCAAGUGGCUUAAAUAACUACUGCUCUAUACUCUAGUCAAGAAGCCUUUAUAGCAGAUUUCAAUGGUUUUUGUUGAGUUUUUUAAGCCCAUUGUCACUGUGUUGACUACUGAUACUCACCCUGGUACUUCCUUCCUGUUAUGCUCUUUCUGUAUGAGAGCAUGUUGGGAAAUCAACAUGAGACUGUUCCUCCAGCUGGAGAGAUGAUACACACUCAGUAGGGUCUCGCCACUAACCACCUCUAAUCUAUCCUGCUGUGUUUACAUUGCAUAGAUAGCCUUUAGUAAGAUCUUUGAAGUCUGUUGACGACAUAGAAAUACAUGUAUAAAUACUAAAACGGGAUCUCCCAUUCAAGUCUGGAGUCUACAUAUGAGGGUGCAGACUUUUUCACCAUUCUAGUAAUUCUAUUUCUAUGGUUAAGGAGCUCUUCCCAACGGCCUCAUCAGACAUGAGCGUAUACAUCUCCAGCAGAGGUUUAUGAACAUACAGAUGGCUACCAGCAUCCACAACCAAAGCCUAUUGCAGAGUGGGGCAGAUGAGCAAAGAACCUGAAAAUGUUUGCUUUCGUUUUUUACUUUUUCUUUCUUAAUAAUCUGAUGCAGAUGAAAACUGUUUCAUCAAAGGAAGUGACGUCUUGCAGUAAGGAGCACAGCUAGAGACUCUCAGCGUGACGUCCAGUGCUCUGGCCUGGAGUGAUGUAUAGCCUAGUCUGCGGCCGUUCAGGAAUGGGCGAGCAGAAUCAUUGUGAUGAAACAUGGAAAGAAUUCAUUUUGGAAGAGAGGCUUGUAAGCCAGUAAAUACUCACUCUCUCUUAAAAUGUUCUCUCUAUAAUUCUCUCCCCCUCUUCAUGUAUAUGUAUAUAUAUGUAUGUAUACAUGAUCCCUUUCCCUGCUAUUGCCUCAUACACAUUUCUGGGGUAAUUUAUGACAAUGAUAUCAUACAGUCUGGCAAAAGGGCGCAAUGGCCUGCAGUUAAAAAACAUAAUUUGUGACACUAGCAGUAUAUUUUACAGGAGGCCCUUGGCAGGUCCACUGAUGAUACCAUAGUUGCUGUGUAUCCAGCACAGACCAGAGCUGACGCAGUCAGUGGCUGUUUACAUCCCAAAUUGCACCCUAUUCCCUACAUAGUGCAAUGCUUUUGACCAGAGCCUUAUGGACCCUUGUCAAAAGUAGUGCAUUAUAUAUAUAUAUAUGGUGCAAUUUGGUAUGUACAAUUUUUAUGGAGGCCAAAGCACCUGCUGCAGUUGUAGCCUACUGCUGAAAGUUAGAAUAAUCACAAUAUCCCACCAAUCACACUGGCUGUUGCUUGUGAUAAUCUGAAUUUUAAAUCAAGUCCCCAAAAUACAAAUCUAUUCAAUCUUCCUUCAAUUUGAAUAUUUUUUUUCUUGAUCUAUCCUUUUUUCUAUUGGUGGUGACAACUUUCAUUACUGAUAAAUGUACUGCUCCCACUGCCAGCAACAUAAUGUGCUGUUCCACAUGAGAAAGUGUUCCACUGGUAGCCUAGGUUGAAUUCCUCAUAAACUACAAUAACAUUUUAAGAUGGACCUUUUGAGUGACCCUGUGUAUCCCAUAGAAGUGCUGUGAAUUGUCCAUUUUCUCAGGUUUCUUGGUUUUAGUGUAUUGUAGAUGUUAAGUUGUGUGGAAGCCUCGGUCAGCCAUUUCAGUCUUUUUACACUGCAUCUUGAUUUUAGCUUUUCAUCCACUUUCUACAAUAAACUUCAUUCUAACAUCAAA